AUUUUAUCGCUUAAUUUUAUAUCUUCAGUGAUCGAUGAAUCAAUUGUGCGGUUAAUCCUUUUCGAUUUUCAACGAUUUUAAACAUAUCCGUAGUUGCAACAAGUAGAAAAUGAGGGAGACGAGAAGUUUUCAAAUGUUUGCAACGUUUCUUUUAUUGGUGUUCUUCGUAUCGCCAUCUUCUACUUGGGCUCUUACGACUUUCGGCAAAACCAACCCUCAAACCUCGAAUCAAAAUUCUCAUCCAUCGCCUACACCAGUUGGGAGAGCUCGGGAAUGUAAGUUGGAGUCUGAUUGCGCUGGAAUUCAAAAUACGACAUGUAUAGCGGAUUCUCGAGACGGAAGGACACGUUGCCUUUGCGGAGAUUAUUCCGCACCUCUUAACGGCGCGUGUAUUAAUAAAUUCAAAGCGUUACAUUUUUCAUGUAACAGUGAUUCUGAAUGCACUAGUGGGGCACAUUGCGUACAACAAAACGUUACCUUAGGAAAACGUUGCUAUUGUCAAGAAGGAUAUUAUGAAGAAAGUCUUUUACAUUGCAGUGGUGGUACAUCUGUUCUUGCAUUUCACACUCUAUUUCUCCUAAUUAAUUUAAGUAUUGUAAAACAUAACUUUAGUUUCAUAUAAAUCAUUUACGAUUGAAAUAUUGUUUUAAAUGAAUGUAAAAAAAUUGUAUUAAUUUUAAAAUUAUGUAUGGUAAAUUUUUUAAAUUUUCAAUCAAAAAAUAUGACAUUGUACGAAAAAGAAAAAGUAUAUGUUUAGUAUAUUUUACUCGAAGAUAUAGUAUUUUAAUUAUCAUUUAAGAAAGCACGUGCUCAAGCUAUGCACAAAAAAUAUUUAUAAUUCGAUAACUUUUCAACCAUUUUCUAUAUCUCUAAAUUCUAAUCAAUUGCCGAGCAUACCUAAUGUUAUUUGUCUAAUCUUUUUAAAUUUGCAAUUUUUUUAUUUCAAAUUUCUUUUGUGACGUAUAAUUACAACUUAUAGUGUUUUAUAUGAUAGAAAAAACUGUAGAAAAAAAAAAAAAACUGAAAAUUGAUAUAUUCGUUCUAGACAAUUUUAAAUUGUACAUUUUAUUCUACAACAAAGAAUUUAAUGUAUCGUCAAAUUGUCUAUUCCGAAAUUGAAAUAAU